CAUUCAUUUACCUGAUUACAAUUCAUUUUGUUUCGCUGAAUCAAUCGUGAAUUUUUCAACAAAUCGCAAAAAUAACUGUGAUUCAUAUUGCGUUGUUCAAAUUAACGCGUUAAUUUGCUCGGACGAAAAUAUUUUCAAUGCAAUACAGCUUCAUUUUAUAUUACACACAUUGUAUAUGCAUAUAUGAACUUUGCGACAAUCGUGUAUAUACGUUUGUAGUGCAUAAUCCAAGAUGGCAGCAUCCAUGGUUUUGAUGGCAUAGGUUAGGGAUCCUGUAUUGUAAUACAAUUUUGCAAAUAUUUUUUUAUGCAAUGCCUCUUAUCAUCGUAACUGGAAUACCUUGCAGUGGUAAAACCACACGAACGACCGAGUUGAAAGAGUAUUUUGAAAAUAAAGUGGGAAAACAAGUGGAGGUUAUAAACGAAAUUGAUGUUGUCACAAAGGCAGGCUACGAUAAAAAUACUUUUUACGCUGAUUCAAAGAAAGAGAAAAGCGUAAGAAGCGAUAUAAAGUCUGCAGUCCAACGACUGUUAAACAUUAACGAUGUGUUGAUAAUGGAUGGCAGUAAUUAUAUCAAGGGAUAUCGCUACGAAAUAUACUGUAUGGCAAAGUUGUAUAAGAAUCCUCAGUGUACGGUUCAUUGUGAUUUACCAAUCGAACAUGCUUGGUUGUGGAAUGAAAAACGACCAGAUUGUGAACAAUAUAGCAGAGAAAUUUUUGAUGCCCUUGUAAUGAGGUAUGAAACCCCAAAUAGUAAGAAUCGUUGGGAUUCUCCAUUAUUUUCAGUGUCGGUAGAGGAUGAGUUAAAAUUUAAUGAAAUUUAUAAAUCUUUGUACGAAGUGAAAGCACCGAAACCAAAUUUAAGUACUCAAUGUCAACCACUGUCAUCUACAAAUUAUUUAUAUGAAUUGGACUCAGUUACUCAAGAAGUGGUCAAUGCAAUAUUAUCAGCCAAACAGUUGGGUAUCGAAAAUGAUUUUAAAAUACCAGGACAUAAUUUAACUGUACAAAGUCCAUGUACAGCAGCUCAACUUAUGAGAUUACGAAGACAAUUUCUAACUUAUAGUAAAAUGCAACAAUUUGAGGUCAAUCAAAUUGUAACAUUGUUUGUACAAUACCUAAAUAAAAGUCUGUAAAGAGGAAAA